AUGCUUCGACAAGGAGUUCACCUGCGAGCGCUGCUGCGACACCAGGGCCAUCCCGGUUGGGGAUCUCAGCUGUUGGAUGGGCGACAUCCGCUUCCCCACCUGCUGUGGCCUCACGAAGUGCGCGUCCGGGCUGCCACCAUGCUGCCGGCCAUGGAUCACUUGUCGACCCCGGCCACGUGCCCGCCCAAUGCGCAGAAGCACUGCUUCGACGCUUAUUUCCCCUGCGAGCGGUGUUGCGACACCCGACGAGGGGCUCAAGGGGAUCUGGCCUGUUGGCCUGACACCGCGCCCAUGGGCCUACGAACCCUCAGCUACAACUUCUGUUGUGGGCUAAUGCCCUUUACCAGUGGCGAGCGGAUCUCAUGGUAA